UGUUCGCUCGAGAGUCGCAAGAAUCGAAAGACUCGAGGCGGCAACGUAAACAGAACGAGCGGUAGUCGCUUUCGAAGGAUUUGCAAGAAUCUUACGAUCGAUUCUCAUUGAGAAUUAUAAGCAACUUAUUCUGGCCUUUUUUAAGGUACCUUAUUUGCCCCAUUUAAUAAGCGUUUAUCGUAGCGAUUUCUUCUUCCGCCGCUUCUCCGACGCGAUGCCCACGACGAACGUCGAGUUUCGAUAUUUCUGCCGCUCGAGUUACGAAAAGCUGCGAAACCAACGACGCUGUUAACGGCCGACACAGACUGGGGGAACAACUAAACGGCAAGUCGUAUAUUUGCAGGUUUACGCAGCUCGCUGCUCGUAAAGAUGCACGGUAAGUGACGAAAAUCUGUUUUUCACGGUAGCACAGCCAGGCGGAAAAAUAUGCGCAUAGGUGGAACACUUUUCCGGACAGAUGGUGGCGCGAUGCUACGACAACGUAGGCUAAUUUUUCACACGCUGAAACUCGCUUUCGAAACGUUCGAAAUCGGUGGGUGGGUGGUGGAAAGUCGAUUCGAUGGGCCGCGACGACUCGUCGACGAACGACGAUGGCUCGGGACGAGGACAGGAGGCGCGAAGGGUCGCGCGUAACGGAUAAUGGAUUUCGGCGGCGCGUGCAACGGUUCGGCGCGUGCGUUCUCCAGGAGCGUUUCACCCCCCGGUCCGUGCACUCGACGCGCUUACACCCUAUAUAUUUCGAGGAAACGCGAGAUGAACCGGUACACGGCACGCGAUUUUUGCCGAAGAAACACUCGCGGACUCGCAUUGCAACUUUAACCACCACCGACGGUACCACGUUCCCACCUCCGAUAGAAGUCAAAUCGACAAUGACGCGCCACUGUUUUCUCGUUCUCUCGAUUCUGGCUCUCUCGAUCGCCGGUUGCGUAUUGGCCGUCCAGGCUGAAACCAGCUCCCUGCGAAGAGAGUUUUACGGGCCGAGCAAGCCGGAAUUCCUCGUUGAAUAUCUGGAAGGUCACGCUGCGAGGAAACAGCGCGACGACCAGGACGACCCAGCGGAUGACCGUCCGCGGCGCGUUCGUCCGUUCGCGCGGGACACGCAGGCUCGUCUCUCCUCCGGAUCGACGAGGUAUCUCGCCGACGACUACGCGGACGAGUCGUCGGCCGCCAGCAAAUCGAUCGCGCUCUCUCCGAUCGAUAGACAACUGCUCGAGCGGUUCGUCAAGCGAAACAUCGACGAGAUCGACCGCACGGCUUUCGACAAUUUCUUCAAGCGAAACCUCGACGAGAUAGAUCGCGUCGGCUGGAGCGGAUUCGUCAAGAGAUUCGCAGACGACACGAUCACCGGCGACGGCAGAAUCAACGUCCUGGCACAGCGCGGCUGAAACAAAUUCCACGCGUUGGAAAGCAUCGAACCAUCGCUUCCCAUUCCCGCCACGAUACUCCAUCACCUUCUUCUCUUUCUUUUCCUCUGUCUUGCUUCUCGCCAUCGAGCAACCCUAUCGAAACGAUCGUCUCGUCCGAGAGAGAAAAUUUAUUUGGUCUGCCGCGACUCGCCGAGAAGACGAACCUCCGGCAUGGUACGCACUCGACUCCGACCGUCCAUCGAUUUUCGCGCCACGACCGCCCCGGUCUCUCGGUGUCCGCAAGCCGAGAAUUUCGACAGAGGAUUCCGCGUGGCACCGUCGCCCACUCGUUCCGCCUCUUCGACCCCGUCCUUUUCUCCCGCGACUCGUCGAUCCUCCGCGCUCUUCCUCUCGGCAGCUGCAACCACCCUCUCGAUCUCCGUCGUUACGUCGACGGGCGUCUCCACCUUCGCGUUCUCUCGAUUACGAUCCAUACGUACCAGCUGUGUCCGACGAUCGAAACGUCGCGCGAUUAGUUUCCGUUUCGCGCUGCUCCGAACGUUUCGGGGCCGACGACGAGCGAAAAAGCGACGACCAUACCUCGAUCACGUUCUCCUCGAGGCCCGUGAACCGUCGUAACACCGCUGCCAGGUUCGCGCUCUGCGUCGUUAUCCGACCGGUAACUCGCAGUUCCUUGCCGACGUCCUCCUCGAUCUGCGAACGCGCGUUCCAUUCGAUUUUUCUUUAUCUUCGUUCGAUUCGUCUUCGUCGUACGGUACAGGUCCGUUUAUCCGAACUUUUCGCCGUACGAUUUACGCAAUCGGAGUUCGUACAACGGCAGAUCAACGAUUUUUCUAUUACUUUUCGCUCGCGCGAUAAGAGCUCGCGACAUUUUUCUGUUUGCGAUCUUAACACUUUACCGACCGCUGGCGAUUCAACAGCAUACGCACGUCCGACCGGCAUCUCAGGCGCAGAUUCUCCCUGGCGCUGGCUCUGUUUCCGUUUAGACUCUCCGAUACCAUUCUUUUUGUUCAUCGCGAACGGUACGUUUUUCAAAUUGAUAUAAAACGCAACUGAGCAAAGUACCUUGGUACUAAAUAACAAAUUACUGCUAAAAUAAUGUGAAAGAUUGUCGGCGACAAAAAGCCGAUUAAUGGACUAUCGAUCGGUAACUAUCGGUGGAAGAAACCGAUUAACCGGCCAUCGGUCGGUAAAGUGUCAAUCCGGAUACAGAGAAAUUACUCAUCCUACUCGGCUGUUAAUUGCUUUACAUCGUUUAACGUUAUUGUAUCUAUACAAGGGUUCUCAGCUAUUAGACGAAUAAAUAAAUAAAGAAAUAAAGUUUCGCACCGAUAAGUGGAAUUCGGAUAAACUGAAUUCUACCUUGGCGAUAGAGUUAAAUUGGAAAAGAUAGCGAUACGUACCUCGUUCAUUCCCAUGGCCACUCGUUCGCUGAUGUAGCGGAGGUUGUCGCGUGCCCGUCGAACCUGUCAACACGCGAGGAAUGCUAGCGGAAGAUUGGUACGCGCGAUCGAUCGUUCAUCGACUAUAAUACGUUACUAUCGUGGUGAAUUCUCUCAUCUCCGUCAUGAUCUUGCGCCGCAGUCUCGUAGCCGCUAGAAACUAUACGAUCGUUGUUACGCGACUUCUUUCGGCUCCUGCGGCCGAUGCUACGAGAUAAUUCGUUUUGUGGUAGCUUACGCGUCGAAGAACGUAGAACAGAAUCGCCAUGUUGACGAACAUUGGGAUCGAGCUGCCGAGCACGUGUUGAACGAGCCGCAUCGUCGCGCAACGAUCAGACGUGAAACGCCGAGAAAAUUUUCCUUUCCCGUGACAUCGUCCUCCACGCGGUACUUUCCUAUCGAAUUUAUACCUCGACGAAACAAAACACGACCUGACGCUUGGCCGCUGCCAACUUCGUUCCCAACCAUCUUGUCUUUCCAUUCUAAUACGAUUUCCCUCUUCGUUCCGAUGUGUUGUGCUGGCAUUUGGAACACGUGAAAUCGCUUGGAAUCUGCAUACGUGGAGCUUCAAGCAUCGAACAGUGUUGGAAAUGAUACGAAUUCGUCGCCAUAUACCAUACGACUGCGAUUCCACGCGAUUCGAAGUGUUUCGGUUCGCGUUACUAUCGAUCCUCCGUUUAGAAUAUCGGAAGAUCGUAGUUGCGUGUAUGCCGCUUGCGUUUUCUCGAUUUUACGACACGAGAUGUUCGAUGGGUAUAUACUCGUCCGAGCGAUAAUUUAAUAAGGAUAAUUUAAUAUUAACUCUUCGUCCACUGGUCGUGUAUAGUUUCUUUGUCUUUUUUUUUUUUUUUUUGCUUCUUGACUGCCGCCUCUAAACGCAUUUUUCUAUCAUAUUUUUCCUUCGGAGUUGCUCACGCAGUCCCUUGCUUCUGAUAUUGUCAACAUUGUGUACUUAUCGAAGAACCGAUAAAAUAAACAAUCGAUAACAGG